GGGGCCUCUUUUAUAAGGGCACUAAUCCCAAUCAGGGGACUCCAGCCUCGUGACCUAAUCCCCUCCCAAGGUCCCUACCUCCUAAUACCAUCACCUUAGGUGGGGAGAAUUUUAAAAUAUGAGUUUUGGGGGACACAAACAUUGAGUUCAUGCCAUGUGCUACGUGUCAGGCACAGAGCUAUGUGCAGAGGGUACAGGUGUGAAUAAGGUGGGCUAGUUCCUUAUUUUGGAGCACACUUGCCAUCUUUGACUCUUAGGUGCGUGGUUAAGACAUCUCUAUCUAGUUGACGGUCACUAUCAAUGCCUGAGUGCUUUGUAUUAGGGUACCACCGCCUGCAGUUAGUCUGCCGGGAAAGGCUGGGAUGAAGCCAUUCUUAUAUCCUUAAUAGAAAAAGUUCUGGGGUUCAUCCUGCAUGUAUGAGUAACUCUUCCACACAAGUCUGACGGCUUCUUCUGCAUCGCUACGUCCAAAUUCAGGACUAUGUCAGACUUGGACGGGCAUCAGAACCCUCGACUGAGCCUGGCGUUCUAAUCGGUUGUGUGUCUCCGUUCACUUCCAGAAUCCUUCUGUGACCUGAUGCGCUCUUCGGCUGAGCAGCCUGCAGCUGGCCUCAAGUGAGUCCCUUUAAGCGGAAACAUCUUACCGCCAUCGACUGCCGGCAUCUGGCUCUGAGUCAUCUGUCUGCGACCCAGCCCUUUGGUCAGAGAUGGACAAGCAGAGACCCGAACCAUGGACUCUACCCUAAACCCAGAACAAAGAGAGGGAGUAGGGGUCGAGGAUGUCCAAGAUACAACCGUGAGUUCUUCCUAGCUGGCCAGCAGCCGCGCACCAAUGACAUGGCCAGAAGCAAUUCUGUUGGCCAGGACAGCUGUCAGGACUCGGAGGGUGACAUGAUCUCUCCUGCAGAGAGCAGCUGCGCCCCACCUCAGGAGAGCCAUGGAGAAGCGAGGUUGGGCUCCUCGGGGUCUCCCCUGCCCACCAGGAAGCGGUCCCGGUCCUUUGAGGAGGACGAUGGUAAUCAGGCCACAGGGGCCGGCCAGUGGGAUGGACUUUCUAAGAAAACCCCGCGGCAUCAUCCGUCCCCGCCGUGCCCGAGGCCCGGGGAAGCGCGGCAGGAGGAGGUGGAGGACGGCGGGUCACGGCUCUCUGCAGAGUCUGGGGAAACCGACCAGGACGUAGGGGGCGUUGGCCCCGAUCCCGAGCCUGAUGAGCACUAUGGGCUUCUUGGGACCUUGCCCUGCCAGGAGGCGCCGAGUCCCAUCUGCAGCCUGCCCAGCGAGGUCCUGCGGCACGUGUUCGCCUUCCUCCCGGUGGAGGACCUCUACUGGAACCUGAGCCUGGUGUGCCACCUGUGGAGGGAGAUCAUCCGAGACCCGCUGUUCAUUCCUUGGAAGAAGCUGUAUCACCGGUACGUGAUGAACGAGGAGCAAGCAGUGAGCAAAGUGGACGGCGUCCUGUUGGCCUGUGGCAUAGACAAGGAGUCGGACCUGUGCGUGCUGAACCUCAUACGAUACACCGCCACCGUGAAGUGCUCCCCAAGCGUGGACCCUGAGAGGGUGCUGUGGAGCCUGAGGGACCACCCCCUGCUUCCCGAGGCCGAGGCGUGCGUGCGCCAACACCUGCCCGACCUCUACGCUGCCGCCGCCGGGGGCGUCAACGUCUGGGCCCUGGUGGCGGCCGUGGUCCUUCUCUCCGGCAGCGUGAACGACAUCCAGCAGCUGCUCUUCUGCCUCCGGAGACCUGGCUCCACGGUGACCAUGCCGGACGUCACCGAGACGCUGUACUGCAUAGCCGUGCUUCUCUACGCCAUGCGGGAGAAGGGCAUCAACAUCAGCAAUAGGAUUCACUACAACAUUUUCUAUUGCCUAUAUCUUCAGGAGAAUUCCUGCACUCAGACCACAAAAGUUAAGGAGGAGCCAUCCGUCUGGCCAGGCAAGAAAACCAUCCAGCUUACACACGAACAACAGCUGAUUCUGAAUCAUAAGAUGGAACCUCUGCAGGUGGUGAAGAUUAUGGCAUUUGCAGGCACCGGGAAGACCUCCACCCUGGUCAAGUACGCGGAGAAGUGGUCUCAGAGCAGGUUCCUGUACGUGACGUUCAACAAGAGCAUCGCCAAGCAGGCCGAGCGCGCCUUCCCCAGCAACGUCACCUGCAAGACCUUCCACUCCAUGGCCUACGGGCACGUCGGGCGCAAGUACCAGUCAAAGAAGAAGUUGAAUCUCUUCAAGUUGACGCCCUUCAUGGUCAAUUCCGUGCUCGCUGAGGGGAAGGGCGGGUUCAUACGGGCCAAGCUCGUGUGCAAGACGUUGGAGAACUUCUUCGCCUCGGCCGACGAGGAGCUGACCAUCGACCACGUGCCCAUCUGGUGUAAGAACAGCCAAGGGCAGAGAGUGAUGGUGGAGCAGAGCGAGAAGCUGAACAGUGUCCUCGAAGCCAGCCGCCUCUGGGACAACAUGCGGAAGCUGGGGGAGUGCACGGAAGAGGCCUACCAGAUGACUCACGACGGCUACCUGAAGCUCUGGCAGCUGAGCAAGCCUCUGCUGGCCUCUUACGACGCCAUCUUCGUGGACGAGGCCCAGGACUGCACCCCAGCCAUCAUGAACAUAGUUCUGUCCCAGCCCUGUGGGAAAAUCUUCGUAGGGGACCCGCACCAGCAGAUCUACACCUUCCGCGGUGCGGUCAACGCUCUGUUCACGGUCCCCCACACCCACGUCUUCUAUCUCACGCAGAGUUUCAGAUUCGGCGUGGAGAUAGCUUACGUGGGCGCUACCAUCUUGGACGUCUGCAAGAGAGUACGGAAAAAGACUCUGGUCGGAGGAAACCAUCAGAGUGGCAUCAGCGGUGACGCAAAGGGGCAGGUGGCCCUGCUGUCCCGGACCAACGCCAACGUGUUCGAUGAGGCCGUUCGAGUGACUGAAGGAGAAGUACCUUCAAGGAUACACCUGAUUGGGGGGAUUAGAUCAUUCGGAUUGGACAGAAUCAUCGAUAUCUGGAUCCUCCUUCAGCCCGAGGAAGAGCGGAAGAAACGAAACCUGGUCAUCAAAGACAAAUUCAUCAGAAGAUGGGUGCACAAAGAAGGCUUCAGCGGCUUCAAGAGGUACGUGACUGCCGCCGAGGACAAGGAGCUGGAGGCCAAGAUCGCAGUGGUGGAGAAGUACAACAUCAGGAUCCCAGAGCUGGUGGAGAGGAUAGAGAAAUGCCACAUCGAAGACCUGGACUUCGCAGAGUACAUUCUGGGCACCGUGCACAAAGCCAAAGGCUUGGAGUUCGACACUGUGCAUGUUUUGGACGAUUUUGUGAAAGUGCCUUGUGCCAGGCAUAACCUGCCCCAGCUCCCCCACUUCCGCGUCGAGUCGUUUUCUGAGGACGAAUGGAAUCUCCUGUAUGUCGCAGUCACCCGUGCCAAGAAGCGUCUCAUCAUGACCAAGUCGCUGGAGAACAUCCUGACCCUGGCCGGGGAGUACUUCCUGCAAGCCGAGCUGACGAGCAACGUGCUGAAGACGGGAGUGGUGCGCUGCUGCGUGGGGCAGUGCAACAACGCCAUCCCCGUGGACACCGUGCUCACCAUGAAGAAGCCUCCCAUCACUUACAGCAACAGGAAGGAGAACAAGGGCGGCUACCUGUGCCACUCCUGCGUGGAGCAGCGCAUCGGGCCCCUGGCCUUCCUGACGGCCUCGCCGGAGCAGGUGCGCGCCAUGGAGCGCACCGUGGAGAACAUCGUGCUGCCCAGGCACGAGGCCCUGCUCUUCCUCGUCUUCUGAGGCCGAGGGGCUCGUGGCUGCCGCGGACCCCGAGAGAGCCCGGGCGGGGCGCGGUGGGGCGGGGCGCCCGCUGCCCGGGACUCCAAGUCCAUCCAUGGAGCAUCUUCCGAGGAAGAAGGGACCCGCCGGCGCUGCACCUGCCAUUGCUCCUCCGCGCCUCAGACAGCCAGUCCCCACCUGCCAGUCCUCGCGCAUCGGGCCGGGCAAGCGGGAGACGUUCUUUUGAUAAAAAAAACAAACAUUUUAUGUAUUUAAACUUUUAUUACCAGGUUUCAAUUAAACAGGCAUUGUAGCACUGGUGUAA